AGGAAGACCCGUUCAACAACAACUUUCUUUGACAGGCAUGGUCGACUUAUUUUCUUGCAGGCAUUUCUCCUCUCUGCAGAUAUAAAAACCAUGGUUACAGAAGAUCUACUUCUGUUUGUUGUUGGACCCGGAAAACAUUUUGUUACUUAUUUAAAACAACAAACAGGUCCCCACCACCACCAUGGAGGUUGGUGCCUUGAUCCCAACCACCGUUUUUGGUCUCUUUUUGUUCUGUUCAUUACUCGGUCAACCAACUAUGGUGUUGUCUCAGGGCCUUCAAUAUGGCUUUUACAACAAUGUUUGUCCCGAAGCUGAGAAAAUUGUAAAUGAGGUUGUCAGCAAGUUUAUGCGCCGUGAUGCUCAUAUUGCUGCUGGACUUAUUCGUCUGCAUUUCCAUGACUGCUUUGUUAACGGUUGUGACGCUUCUGUCCUCUUGGAAAAAACACCAUCAGGUGAACAGGUAGAGAUGGAUUCGCCAGCCAACUACAAGUCCCUCAGAGGAAUGGAUCUCAUCGACAAGAUUAAGAGCAAACUCGAGGAUAAGUGCCCAGGCAUUGUUUCCUGCGCUGACAUCCUUGCAUUUGCAGCUCGUGACGCUGCUGUCAACGCAGGUGUUUUACCUUACUUAGUUCCAGGUGGACGACGUGAUGGAUCAAUCUCACGUGCUAUGGACACAAUGAUCCUUCCAGCACCCUCUCUAACUGCCGAGGAGCUAACUGAUACCUUUGCUAAGAAAGGAUUUACCCAAAAUGAAAUGGUAGUCCUAUCUGGUGCACAUUCCAUCGGUUAUGCCCAUUGCGCAACUUUCGGGUCUAGGCUAUAUGGAGACAAACCCCACCACUCUCAGGAUCCUACUUUGGAACCUCUACACGCUGAAAUUCUGAAGAAUAAAUGUCCACCAUCAAGUAUUCCUGAAGAUGGAUCCUUAGGUCAUCACAAGGUGCCAUUAGAUUCAAUCACACCUACGAUCCUUGACAACAUGUACUAUGUAGGAUUGGAACAGGGCAAAGGACUACUCGCAUCAGAUCAGGGACUGAUGAAAAAUCUUCAUACAAGAAACUUGGUUUUCGAAUAUGCACAGAAUCCAAUUUCGUGGUCUAGACAGUUUGGGGUAGCCAUGGAAAAAAUGGGGACUAUAGAUGUUCUUACUGGUGACCAAGGCCAAAUCAGACGCAAAUGUAGGAGAAUCAACUAAGAUUGUAAACAAAGAAGGGACCAGCAUGAUUCUGUUCCAUUUUUGUAACCCGUAUGGAAUUAAGUUUCUGUAUCACGUUUGGGGCCUUGAUUUAAUGAAAGCCAUGAAAAAGGAAGGCUGAUCUUGUUAUUCUUUAUUUAUUGUACUACUAGAGCUAUUUUUGGGGUAUUGCUAUGAUAUUUGCGCGA